GUGAUUGGAGUGUUCAAACAGAUGGAUUCCAGAAAUUAUGAUGUGAACACCAGAAAGUGGAAUUUCCUGCUGGAGGAUUACCCCAAACUAAUGGAAGUGUUACAGAGCCUUGUGUCAGUAGAAGUGGAGCCACUGCCCCAGGCAGUAAUACAGACCUUUGCUGCUCAGCUGCAGAGAUCCCCGUCACGCACAGACAUUCCUGAUGCCGACCUUUCAGCAGUGGACUCCAAAAUUGUGACGAGCCUCAUGCCCUUUCAGCGGGAAGAUGACAUGGGCUUGGGCAAGACCAUCCAGGCGAUCUGCAUUGCUGCCUAUUACCAAAAGGAAUGGCCCUUGCUGGUGGUGACUCCUUCUUCCGUGAGGUUUACAUGGGCAGAGGCAUUUCACAGGUGGCUUCCAUCCUUGAGUCCAGAUAGCACUAAUGUCAUAGUGACUGGCAAAGACAACCUAACAGGAAGCUUGAUCAACAUCAUCAGUUUUGACCUUCUCAGUAAGAUGGACAAGCAACUUAAGAGCACAUUCCAAGUAGUUAUUGUUGAUGAAUCUCAUUUCCUAAAGAACAUAAAAACUGCACGAUGCCGAGCUGCCAUGCCUCUACUCAAGGCUGCCAAGAGAGUGAUCCUGCUUUCAGGAACCCCUGCCAUGUCACGGCCUGUGGAGCUCUACACGCAGAUCGCGGCUGUCCAGCCAUCUUUUUUCCCACAAUUCCACUCCUUUGGGCUACGCUACUGUGAUGCCAAGAAGAUGCCGUGGGGUUGGGACUACUCUGGAUCAUCCAACUUAACUGAACUGAAAAUUUUGCUGGAAGAGUCCAUCAUGAUCCGACGUCUGAAAUCAGAUGUACUUUCCCAGCUUCCAGCAAAGCAACGCAAAAUGGUUGUGGUGGCUCCUGAAGGCAUUAAUGCAAAGACCAAAGCUGUCUUGGAAGCUGAAGCAAAGAGGAUGGCCAAAGGAUAUAAAAGUAAACAACAGGAGAAGGAAGCUCUUCUCGUCUUCUUCAGCAGAACGGCAGAAGCUAAAAUCCGCUCAGUCAUAGAAUACAUCCUGGAGUUACUGGAAAGUGGGAAUAAUAAAUUCCUGGUGUUUGCUCAUCACAAGAUAAUGCUGGAUGCAGUUGUUGCAGAGCUGGAGAAGAAACAUGUUGAGUACAUUCGCAUCGACGGCUCCACACCUUCAGUCGAGCGGCAGUCUCUGUGCCAAAAGUUCCAGUUCUCAGAGAAGCAGGUUGUGGCUGUCCUUUCCCUCACUGCUGCAAACAUGGGCCUUACGUUGUCUGCUGCCGACCUGGUGGUGUUUGCAGAGCUCUUCUGGAACCCAGGGAUUUUGAUCCAAGCAGAAGAUCGGGCACAUCGAAUUGGACAGACCAGCUCUGUUAAUGUUCACUACCUGGUGGCUAGAGGCACAGCAGAUGACUACUUAUGGCCAAUGAUUCAAGAGAAGAUCAAAGUGCUGGGCGAAGCUGGUCUUUCAGAAACCAAUUUCUCUGAAACAGCUGAGUCCACUAAUUACUGUCCUAAGCCUGAUCCAAAGCAGCAGACCAUCUAUGACCUUUUCCAGAGGACCUUCUCUGAGAGCAGAGAUGAUGCUGAUGAUGCUUUGCUUUUGGAGGCAGCUGAUGCUGGCUGUGAGUUUGACUCUGACAGUGUCUUGCAAGAUAAAGAAGCAAAAACAUGUUCAGUGAGUCCCAAAAAAAAGCGGCGUAUUGAGGAGUUUUUUAAAGUGUAAUGGUGACAGCAAAAGAGAUGGCAACUAAGAGAUCUUUUUUAAUUAAAAAAGAAAAAACCAAUCAAGUUUUAUUUUUCAGUUUUCAAAAAUAAAAGACUUAAGUUUUCUGUAUCUCUAGCAUGUUUCAUCUCAAACAAUGAGAAGGCAGUCUGACAGAUGUGCAGUGCACACCUGGCAGCCUGCAGGUUUUGCAGUUCGGGUUUGCUGAUGACUGAAUGGCCAUGGGCAAGUAGCAUGCUGCUGUGUUUCAGCAUGUUGGCUUCCACAGUUGUUUGGUUUAAAAAGCAGGUAACAGUUGUCUGUCCACAAGGCAGAACUGUCGUGAAAACCAACUCCUCAGCAGCUGUAGAGUGCUUUUAACAAUCAGUCUUCCAUCUCCAAGAGUUCUAGCCUAUGUUUAUAUGAGUUGGUUCACCAGCAAACUUAGUUCCUACUUGGGUCGCUCACAAACUGGCUUUCUGAUAUUCCAUUUGGCCAUGAGGAAAAAAGAUCCAGACAGAUUUUGAUGUUUUGUGGAUGUGGGGAAGACAAGGGAAAAGAGCAGUUGGUACCUUGAAACUAAGCAGUAUAACUGUAUGCCAGGAAGUGUGCAUUGCCUGAUAGGCACAUCUGCCUGAGCACUCUCAUUCUCUGACCUCAUCUGCUGAAUCUUAAGAGCUGCUCCAUGGCGUGUGUUUCUUGUGUCAGUAGAGAAUAAAGCUUGUGCUAACUGCCAGGGAUUAAGUCUGGCUUCUCAGGGAGGGUGUGUGUGUUUUCUUCAAGACUCAAGACUAAUUUCUACAGGUGAGUGAGGAGAGGGGGACAUGUGCAGAGUUUUGCUCUUGUUUUGUAAGACACUGAUUCUGGACUAAACUGUUUAAAUAAAAAGUUUUUCUUAAA